AUGCCCCCCAAUCUCCUCCGAAAAAUCCGCUCGUGGAAUUUCCUUGGCCCAAAGACCGCCUCAGAAAGCAGGAAGCUGGCAUCGCUCCCAGAGGACCUUCUCCUCGAAACGGCCCACCACCUUCCCUCCGUCGAUGUCUUGAAUCUGGCCCUCACUAGUAAACGCUUCUUUGCACUAUUUCUACCAACAUUAUAUGGCCAUGUUGACCUACGCUCAAGUGCGCAGUGCGAGAAUACACUCACCUUUCUCUUGGCCCAUCCCCACAUUUGUGGAUGCAUCAAGACUCUUGUCGUUCGGCCGAAUAACGAAGAUUGGAUCCACUCCUCAACUUCCAUGCGCGAAAUCGAGAGCUGGGUCGUCGUAACAAUCCAGCAGAUGGCUGAGAGUAUGGUAAAUCUCCAGAAGUUCGUUUGGGACGGGAAGGAACUGCCAAAAUACGACCAUCUCUGGAAGUCCCUGGCCAAAUACUGCCCCGACCUUCGCCAUGUAGGAGUAGUAAUCGGACUGGGUGAUUUUACUUUCAAAUCCCGAAACGUUAUGCCUGUCAAGAGUACCCUGUUCAACUUUAAAAAUCUGACUGGGUUCACUCUACGCGUCAAACAACUCGUUGCCAGUAGUCUCCAUCCUCCAUUCGACGAGCUACCGCAAGAGCUUUGGAAUAUGUUAUAUUCGUGCAACAACCUCCAACAUUUGACCAUUGACACCGAUAAUGAGCGCUAUAUCGAUGUUCGCCCCUUGUUUGAAGGCCGAUGGCCUUUCUUGCGUGACCUAACAAUCGGGGACUUUGUGCUGUUGGAUUCCUUUGGGACAGUUGAGGGCACAAAUAACGGAUUGGCCAUGGCGAAUUUCCUCGCUCGACAUCCCUGCAUAGAACGUCUCACUCUGCAUCAACUCGAGGGCUGGUACUUUCCCUUGUCGCUCAACUUGCCGCCGACUGCGCUCCCCAAUCUGCGGCAUUUUAGUGCAAGACAUAUAUUGCUGCGACAUCUCCAUAACGUUCAGUCUCUGGAAAGCCUCGAAUUGACGAAUCAGCCUCUGGGCAAGUUUCCUUUGGUUGGAGCGUUAUGGGCCAUAUCUCAACUUCCGCUUACUUCGCUUCGUAUUUGGAUGGACUGUUCGACUGAUUCCGAGGAGCCUGAUGCGAAAAGCGACUACGCGAAGCCAUUCGCCGAUUUACUGCAAUCCGCGCCGCACCUUCUUCACUUGGACAUCUCCUGCUCGUCUGAUCCCACGUUUUCAAUGAAUGAGCUGACCGCUGCGCUGAACAAACGCCAUCGUUUACAAUCCCUAGUUUUAACGCAAGUAAAAAAGUCAGCCCGGGAUGUCGAUACCCUGAAAGACGCCUCAAUGUUGUUCCGCCACAGCACGAGCCUGCAAUCCCUUAGACUGCAAGAAGUCGCUGCUCGCUGGCGGCACCCGCGCGAUAUGCGUUUCCAAAAGAUCAUGACUUUCGAAGUUGUCAGCCUCCAGCCUAUUCAACUCGCUGUCCACGAAAUCGGGUUCAACCGACGCGGUCACCGUGUUUCUCGCACGUUUCGACACGUGCUCAAAGCGAGAGAGGCGUCGCAAGGCCACUUGAGCGUGCCUCCUCACUGA